AUGGGGGACGAGCCAAGUGUUUCUCCGCUCAAGAACUUUGUGGCCGGGGGGGUCGGCGGCGCGUGCCUGCUGCUGGCCGGACACCCGCUGGACACCAUCAAGGUGAGACUCCAGACUCAGCCCAAAGUCUCCUCGCUCUCUAGCUACGGCGCCUACACGGGAACCUUGGACUGCUUUCGCAAGACCAUCUCCAAAGAGGGCAUCCUGGGCCUGUACAAAGGCAUGGGCGCACCUCUGGUGGGUGCGGCGCCCAUGAUGGCCAUCAGCUUCUUCGGCUUCGGUUUGGGGAAGCGGCUCCAGCGGACCGAGCCCGGCCGAGCGCUCACGCACACUCAGAUAUUCCUGUCCGGAUGUCUGGCGGGGGUCUUCACAACAGUCAUCGUGGCUCCGGGAGAGAGGAUUAAAUGCUUACUGCAGGUGCAGGCCGGCGGUGGCCCGUCCAAAUAUUCCGGCCCUCUUGACUGCGCCACACGUCUCUACAAGGAACAGGGCAUCCGCAGCGUCUACAAAGGGACGCUGCUGACACUCAUCAGAGAUGUGCCUUCUAACGGUCUCUAUUUCCUGACUUAUGAAUACCUGAAAGACCUCCUGACUCCAGAAGGUCAAAGUGUUUCCCAGCUUGGCGCCGCCUACAUCCUGCUCGCCGGCGGCGUGGCUGGAAUCUUGAACUGGACCAUCGCGCUUCCCCCAGACGUCCUCAAGUCCAACUUUCAGACAGCCGCAGACGGCAAGUACAGAGGACUGGUGGACGUCUUGAGGACGCUGCUUCGAGAAGAAGGAGCCAAAGCGCUCUACAAAGGCUUCAACGCCGUCUUUCUCCGAGCCUUCCCCGCCAACGCCGCUUGUUUCUUGGGCUUCGAAGUGGCCUUGAAGGCUUUGAACUGGCUGGCCCCUGGCUGGUGAACCAGCCAACUUCGCUGGCCAGAUCAGUGCUUGGAACGUGCCUCUGCGCAAUUGCAUUAUUUGUAAUCACGUUUACACGGAGCCCCAGACAUGUCACGGGGAGAAACGUUGCAAAUUGCGGCCACAGUAUCGUGUGUACAAAAUGCUCAUUUGUGGCCACAAAUUAGCCGUGGCUCUGAACUGACCAGCCGGGCUAACAUGUACACGUUCUUGCAAAAAGAUAAGUUAGAAGUAGAGUCCAGGGGGCUCUCGAUGUUUACGCCUUUUUGUUUGACUUGGUAGGUUUUUGGUGCUGAACGUUUAUUUGAAUCAUUUUAAAGUGGGAUUGCAUGUGCGGUUUUGUGAACAUUUUCAAUAUAGUUUUUUUUGAAUUUGAAAGCACAAUUUUCAUAUGAUUCCUUGCCAAAUGAUGCAUUAGGUUAGCCGAAGACUAAACUGUCCAUGUCUGAAUGCUUGUCUAUGUUUUUUGAUUGAAUGUAUUUAUUUUGAACAUGUAAGAAUAACAAAAAGAGAACAAUAAAAGAGCCAAUUUUAAAAUAAAAUGGAAUUUAUAAAGUCAAGUUAGUUAAAUUAUACGUAUUCACAAAGGAGUAGGAAGAAGUAAAAACUUAUUUACUCCUACCAAUAUCUCCACGAUAACAAUAUAAAUGCAUCUUUAUUCCUAUAUACAAAUAAUGACGUUGGUAUCUACUGUCUGUUGUAUAUUAAUGAAAGGUUGGGUGGGGGGGGGAAACGACGACCACCACAAUAAAAUAAACCAACAACCAUGGCACCACUGGCAAGACAUAUUGUAGUAAAUCUAAGACUCUUUUUGUAUACUGUGACCA